UCCGAUGAAUCAGUCAACAUCACGCAUCUCUAAACACUACUGUCUAGGGCAAUUGCCAAAGAAUUUGUUUAUAGUUGUUUUUCUUUUGAAGUUACUCAAAUAAACAUGGCGGUAAAAAAGGAGAGAGUUGAUUACGGAGACUUAAGAAAAUGCGGAGAAAUAACCACACUGUUGUCAAUAGAGAGAAAAGAAUUUUUCUUGAACUGUGAAUUCUGUGACCAUUCAUUUUUGCAAUUGGGCGAUUUUAUACAACACAUUUGCGAAGACCACUUGAACAGAUUUGUGGAAAUAAAUCUGAGAAACAAAGAGACAGACUUUCUUGUUUCAGAAAGAAAACAGGAUUCCGCAGAAAUCGACAUGAAAUCGGAAGAGUAUUAUGAGGAAGAUGAUAGUGAACAGUUUUACAAUGACUUUGAAAAAGUUGAAAUAGAGUUGGACACAAGUGAAAUGAGUAUUCUUCCACUAGAUACUGAAGCCGCAGUAUCAGGUACAAUAUCGGACGAAGAAAGCAUGCAAUCUUUCGAAGAUAAUGGAGCAGCUACGUUAUCAGAAGAGAUAAACGUUACCGACAGCGAGUCAGACCUGACCCUUGAGCAGGAGAACGCACAAUACGAUUUCCCGGAACUCAGCAAAAACAAAGUCGAAGAAAAAGAGGCUAAUAAAAGGUUUAAUAUCGAAUUUAUUGAAGAGUAUCGUUCUUUACCGGCAUUGUGGGACACAAGUUCUAAGGCGUACCAUGACCGUAUUUUAAAAAGGGAGCAGUAUGAUAUUUUACUAAAAAAAUAUAAAGAGAAAUACCCAAAUGCGACGGUGACUAAUGUUAAAGAAAAAAUACAGGCGCUCCGCACAAAUUUUAGGCGGGCAUUAAAACAAAGAUCUUCGUCUGGAAUAUCAACCCUAUACUAUUUUGAUGCAAUGAAUUUUUUGUCUAGCAUUACACGAGUUUCUGACUUGGAUGAAACACAUGUUACUUUGAAACCAACGUCCGAAAAGUUCACGGUACAGGAUAGCAAUUUAAAUGAGGAACAAUUUAUCAGAUUGGCUCAUAUAUACCAGCGAUAUCCAAGUCUUUGGGAUGAAAAGAACAUAGCAUAUAGAUUCGCUAACAGGCGACGUGAAGCUUUGAAUAAUGUACUUGAGGAGUUUAAUGAAGCAUAUGGAUUGAAUCUAACGAAAAACGAGUUAGAAAAAGAAAUUUCAAGACUGAGAAAAGUAUGCUCGAAUGAGAAGAGACAAAAGAUAGCAUGUAAACGAAAAAAAAUAGAUUAUAAACCAAGUUGCCCUUAUUAUGAUCACAUCGCUUUUCUGGAAGUCGAUGUAACUCCGUUUGAAUGUUCACAAUGUGAACAACUUAUAUUUGGUCCAUGCCAGUACAAAGUUCAUUUAUCGACUCAUGAUGGCUCACUGCCAUUCAAAUGCCACAUUUGUGGGCAUGGUUUCAAGCUGGUCACUAACCUAACAGUUCAUUUAAGAAGACAUGCUCAAGACUACACGUUUAAUUGUGAGGUGUGUAACAAGUCCCUUGCAACGGCUACAGAAUUAAAAACUCAUGCACGAUUGCAUACGGGUGAAAAACCGUAUGUAUGUGAUAUUUGUGGGAAAGCAACUGGAUCAUUUGCUGAAUUUAAAAGACAUAGGGACCGCCACGAAAAACGACCGCAGCAUAAGUGUGAAAUUUGUUCGAAGGCAUUUUAUGAAAAACGAAAAUUAAAAGACCACGUUAAUGCCCACCUGGAAUUGCGAAACCAUCAUUGUAAUGUGUGUAACAAAUCUUUUACUAGUUCAAAACUUUUGCGACAGCACAAAUUAAUUCAUGAUGCCGAAAAAAGAUAUUCAUGUAGAAUUUGUGGAAAGCGUUUCGCACAAGGGGCUGGCCUUAAUUCGCAUAUGAAGUCUCAUGGUACAAAGUUAUCUUCAAAGCCUUUGAUACAGUGAAAUGCAUGCAUGUAAGCGUACAUAUAAUGCCAAGCGAGUUCCAAGCCAACAUUUGCUAUUUAGAUCAUCGUACAAAGACCAUUGAGUGGAAGUGGAGACACCGGACGUGAUGAACAAGAAUCUGAAAACGUCAAUCGCAGGUAAGAAUAAUCCUGGUGGAACCGAGAAAACGGAUGUUGGAAAAGCUUUAAUUGCGCAAAACCAGGCCAUUUUGCACGUGAUGGUAAGACGGGUUCCAACAGGUACAACAGUUCAACACGACGCAAACGUAGGGCUGAAGAAGACGAAUCCAACCCGAUUCAGUCGUUAAACUAAAACGAGCCAGCACGAGAGGGCGCGCGCUGACUCCCGCAAUUGAAUGCCUCAUAAUAUCCAU